AUGUUCACACGAUUCAUUGCCCCGUCGGCUGUCGCUGCUUGGACAUUGGCCUCAGUGCUGUCCGGUGUCGCAUGUGGACCCACCUCUCAUGAUGUGUUCCCGAGGACGUCCGCGGCAGGCAUCGAUCUCAAAUCUCUCGCAUCUCAGCUCUCAAACACUGCUCAGGUCUACUACGAGGGUAGCGAGCUAUUUACAGCGUACACCGUGCGAUGGUCCAACCUGUCGCCUCCAACGCCCAACGUGGUCAUCGCCCCGGGAACAGAGGAUGAUGUCUCCAAGAUUGUCAAGUUUGCCGCUGACCAGGAUAUUCCAAUCCUUGCGUACAAUGGGCACCAUGGAUCAUUGACCAGUCUUGGCAAGAUGGACUUUGGCAUCCAGAUCUACAUGCCCCAACUGAACUCCAUCUCCAUCUCCAAGAGCACGUCCUCUGUCACCAUUGGCGGAGGCACAAACAGCAAGAAGGUCACUGACACCCUCUGGGCGGCCGGAAAGCAGACUGUCACCGGAACAUGCGAAUGCGUCAGCUAUCUGGGGCCCGCGUUAGGCGGCGGCCACGGCUGGCUGCAAGGCCACCACGGCUUGAUCGCGGAUCAGUUCGAGUCCAUGAACAUUGUCACUGCUGAUGGUAAACUGCAAACCAUCGACUCCAACUCGGAUCUCUGGUGGGCUAUGCAGGGUGCCGGACACAACUUCGGUAUUGUCACAUCUGUCACCUCGAAGGUCUACGACAUUCAAUACACCGAAUGGGCCAUUGAGACCAUUGUCCUCAGCGGCGACAAAGUCGAGGAGAUCUACAAGGCCGCCAACGAGGUCUUUAUCAACAACGGCACUCAGAGUGCCAAGAUCCACAACUGGUCGUACUGGCAGAACGACGCAACACUCGACGCCGACAAGCCCGUGAUCAUCAUGUACAUCAUCCAGGAAGGCGUGACAUCCGUGGACGCGCAGUACACCGCACCCUUCCACGCUCUCCAGCCAUUGAAGACAACGCCGCAAUCUGGAACCUACCACGACCUCGCGGCCUGGACCGGCAUCGCCAUGGACUCACCGCCAUGCCAGGACUUCGGCUUCAACAACCCGCGCUUCCCCAUCUACACACACGCGUACAACACCACCGCGCAGAAACAAGCAUACGACGUCUACGCGGCCGCCGUCGGCGGCGCGGACUCGCCCUACACAAACUCUAUCUUCAUGUUCGAAGACUACGCGUCCGUGGGCGUGCGCGCGCGCAGCGCCGACGCAUCUGCGUUUGCGUUCCGCGACGCGCAGAUCCUCGCUGCGCCGCUGAUUAUCUACGGGUCCACGGGCGCCGCGGAGGACGCGAGUGUCAAAGCGCUCGGUAACGAGCUGCGCGACAUCAUCCGCCAGGGCACUGGCAGCGAAGAGCUGCAUAUUUACGUCAACUACGCGUAUGGCGACGAGGGCAGCAAGAGCUGGUACGGCUACGAGGAUUGGAGACAGGAGAAGCUGAGUGCGCUGAAGGAGAAGUAUGAUCCGCGGGGAAGGUUCUCUUUCUACGCACCUAUCGCUUAG